AUGCCUGGUUUAGUGUUUUUCAAUGAUUUCAGUUUAUAUUCACUAGCUAUUCUCAUUGCAGAUCAAGUUGCAAGAUCUAUAUCAGAAGCAGCACCCAGGCAUUACAUACUAAAGAUAAUGUCGUUUUCUUUUCUCAGAAAGACCGGCAUCGACAAAUACGAAUCCGGAGAGUUCGACGCCGGUGGAUACAAAUGGAAACUGGUGCUGUACCCACAUGGAAACAAGAGCAGAAAUGUGAAAGAACACCUUUCUCUCUACUUGGUUUCUGCAGAUGUUGCUUCUCGAAUCGAUUUAGAUUUGGAAGUCCAUGCGGUUUUCCGGUUUUUCUUGCUCGAUCAGACCAAGGACAACUACUUGACUGUUCAUGAUGCGACGGGAAAAGACUGGCGAUUCCAUAGAUCGAAGCAUCAAUGGGGCUUCGAUCAGUUGAUUCCGAUUAGAACUUUUAAUGAUGCUGGCAAUGGAUACCUACUGGAUGACAGUUGUGUGUUUGGAGUUGAAGUGUUUGUUACCAAGGAAAUGUGCUCAGGGAAAGGUGAAUGCUUAUCAAUGAUUGAUGCCGUAAGUUCCAAGCAUGUGUGGAAGAUUGAAACCUUUUCCAACUUGGAUUCUGAAUACCAUGAAUCUCUACAAUUUUUUGCUGCCAAUCAUAAAUGGACAAUACAGAUUUUUCCCAAAGGAAGAAGGCAUAAAUCAGGCACUAAAAUCUCAAUAUAUUCGUCUUUGGUAGACUCGGACAAACUUAAGGAUGGUUCUAAAAUAUUUGCAGAGUUCACUUUGCGUAUUAAAGACCAACAACAGAGUAGACACAUUGCUGGAAAAGUUAGACACUGGUUUAGUGAAUCAAGCCAAGAAAGUGGAUGGGGAAAUUUUGUUUCUUUGGCUUAUUUCCAUCAUACGACCAGUGGGUGCCUAGUGAAUGAUAUGUGCAUGGUGGAAGCAGAGGUGACUGUCCACGCGGUUGCCAAUACAAUGUUCGACACUCGAAGUCAAAUUGUUGAGACUAAUCGUCUAGUAAGAGAAUCGAGAUGCAAAUGA